AUGUCUUAUAAUCAAGGGAUACGUUUGCGUUUUCGUGUGCUUCUCGACGAAGGCAAUACACCUGGAAGCAACGAGCGAUCUAUCGGCUUCCACCUUUCUAGCGGCGUUUUCAAGGCCACAACAGUACCCCAAGGAUCAAAUAGCGUCAGCAGACCACAAUACCCUCAAGGACCAAAUAACUUCAACGGACCAAAAUACCAAUAUGGACCAAUCCGACAAGGUUUACAACAAUACCCACAAGGAUACCAACCAAACUACUACAAUCAGCAGCAAACACAGCAGAAUCAACGCUAUAACCCACCUCCUAGGCCCACAGCUCAAAAGCCACAACCAAAACCGGAGCCGAUGGAUAUAGAUCCUAGCAUCAGGACAAAUGCCAUAAACUCCGCGAAUAAACCAAAUUUCAAAUACGCUGGGAAAAGACAAGGCGACUCAAAUAUAACAAACCCGCCUUUAAAAGCUCAACGCAAUUACAUGUAA